GCGGGGGCGGAGCCAGCCGGGAAGGGGAAAGCGAAAGUCGAAAGUGAGCCGAAAAGGCGGCGGCGGAGGAGGAGGAGGAGGAGGAGGCGCAGAGCCCGGAGGCGCCUCGACGGGACGGAGAAGAGCCAUGGACGGGCGCGGGCGAGGAAGGGGGCAGCAGCAGCGGCGGCCGCGAAGAGGCGGAGGAGCGGGAGGCAGAGGCAGAGAGCCUCAAGAUGGAGGAGCCUCCCAGCAGAACGCAAGUGGGCAGCGUGAGGGGGUCCCUGGCAGAGCUGCAGAGCGGAGGGCUGGCUCUGGCCGGACCCCCCACCAGGACGGGGCGCGCAACCCCAGGUGGCUGGGGGCAGAGGGGAACCGUUUCCCUCGCAGAGGGGGCGUCUGGCCUGGGGCUGGGGGACAGAACCAGGGAGGGCCGGCCAGGGAUGGCCCAGGAAGGCAAAGAGAGGGGGCCCCAAACGCUGACCCCACCCAGCGGCCCCACGCAGGGCCAGGAGGCUCUCCGCAGCAGCGGGGCCCAAUGAUCGGCACCCGCUUCCUCCGUGAACUCCUCGAGAAGGACCCUUCGGAGGUGGCCAUCACACUGGCUUCCAGCCCCCGCCUGCGGGAGGCGCUCUCCCCAGUUGCCAUGAGGCCAGACUUGGUACAGCUGCUCUGCCAGGUUCUCCGCAAGGCCUGCCUCUCCCGCAUGGACCGCCAGAGCAUUCAGCGGCUGCUGGAGACGGUGAAGGAGUCCUCCUUCCUCCGGGUCUGCCUGCCCCAGUACGUGGCCGACAUGCUGACGGAGGCCCGACCGGAGGUGCGGCACCAGUGCCCACAGCACAUUGCCAGCGUGGUGGCGCUGGUCCAGGAGCUGGUCAGCAUCUUCCCGGCCAGCUCCCUCCAGAAGGUGGCCCUGCUGAUGUCCGUCCUGCCAGGCUCCGUCAAUGGCCUCCGGGCCCUGGGAGUGGACUUCCCGGUGGAGCUGGAACAGAGUCUGGAGAAGCUGCAGGGCUUCAUCCAGCACCUCCAGGAGCGCCGGCGUGAGGGCACCUUGCGGGUGGACAGCUGCACCCUCCUCCAGCCCACCGCCCCUGGCGAGGAAGGGGAGUACCGCGCCAUGUCCAUCUACCCCACCUACGAGGAGGUGAACCGUGGCCAGAAGCCCUUCCUGCGCCCCAACCUCAUCAGCCAGCCCUACGAGAGCCCCGCCGUUUACCUGGACACCCACUUUCGCCUCCUGAGGGAGGACUUUGUCCGGCCGCUGAGGGAGGGCAUCCUCCAGUUCCUCCAGAGCUUCGAGGAGGCCGGCCCGGGCAGGAGGAGGUUUGACGACAUCCGCGUGUACCUGGACGCCCGGAUCCUGGCUCCACUCUGCUCCCGGACCGGCAUUGACUACAAGGUGCACUUUGAUUCCACGCCGCUGGGCACCGUCCGGUGGGAGAACUCCAAGCGCCUGCUGUACGGCUCCCUGGUCUGCCUGUCCAAGGACAACUUUGAGACCUUUCUCUUUGCCACGGUCUCCGACCGGGAGCCCCAGGAGCUGCGCAAGGGCUUUGUCCACCUCUCCUUCGCCACCCACAGCCAGGCCCUGCUGGCCGAGGUCCAGCCCUCUGACUCCUUCGUCAUGGUGGAGACCACCGCCUACUUUGAGGCCUACCGACACGUCCUGCAGGGGCUGCAGGAGCUGCGGGAGGAAGACGUCCCCUUCCAGAGGUACAUUGUCCACUGCGAGGCCCAGGUGAGGGAGCCAGCUUACCUGCGGAGGGAGCCGGGAAGCAGCAUUUACGACCUCAGGUGCCUGAUGGCCAAGCCUCCCCCUGCUGGGGCGGAAGGAGCCCCUGAGGGUCGUGUGGACGUGCUGGAUGCCUCCCAGUGGCCGACCCAGGAAGCCGUGGGCCUGGAUGAGUCCCAGCUGCAAGCCCUGAAACUCGCCCUGACCAAGGAGCUGGCCAUCAUCCAGGGGCCUCCGGGGACAGGGAAGACCUACGUUGGGCUGAAGAUCAUGGAAGUCCUGCUGAAAAACAAGGCCGCCCGCGGAGAGACCCCCAUCCUCGUGGUCUGCUACACCAACCAUGCCCUGGACCAGUUCCUGGAAGGAAUCCAGGCGUUCCAGCCGACGGACAUCGUGCGGGUUGGUGGCAGGAGCAACAGCGAGAAGUUGAAGCCGUUCACCCUGCAGCAGCUGCGGGGCAGAAGCGACUUCUGGAGAGGCCUUCCUGGCCACCUCCGGUGGUCCUACAGUGAUAUCACCUGCGAGAUGCGGGAGGCCGAGUUCGAACUCAACCGAGGGGCGGCUCAGCUGGAGUGUGGGCUGCACGGGAUUCUGCACGAGAAGCACCUGCGGAGCUGCAUCUCCAGCCGGCACUGGGAGAGCCUCGUGAGGGGCCUGGAAGAGGACUGGAUGGAUCCAAAGCACUCUCUGAUCCUGGAGUGGCUGGGACUUGGCGUCACGCCGGUUGAAAACAUGGCCGAUCCAGGAUGGCCAGAAAAUGCAGGCGUUGAGGAAGACCAGGAGGCGGAGGAAGGCCCACAGGCAGAGCCAGAGCUGCUGCAGGUCGUGGAGGAGGCAGACUUGAUUCAGCGCGAGCGGCUGCUGGACCACGAUGAGGAGGGGCAGCUGCGGAGGAGGAAACCCCCCAGGCACAACCUGGACGACCUGUUUCUGGCCAUGCGGUUGGAUGAUGAGAAGGGGGAGCAGAGAGCCCCACAUGGGGCAGAAAACGCUGGGUUUCAGCUGCAGCGGGGCCGGAAGAAGAAGAUGAAGCGACAAGCAAAGGCGGAACUGAAAAAAUGGCAGGCGAUGACCAAAGAGGAGGCUGAGGCCAUCCUGGAUGUGUGGCAGCUGAACCUCAGCUCCCGCUGGAAGCUCUACAGGUACUGGUUGCAGAAGCACCAAGCUGAGAUCCAGCGCGAGAUGCUGCAGCACAAACAAAAGUACCAGGCGGCAGCCGACAGGCUGGCUGAGCUUCGCCAGCACCAGGACCUCUGUGUCUUCAGGACAGCCCAGAUCGUGGGCAUGACGACCACAGGAGCCGCUCGGUACCGCCAGGUCCUGCAGCAGGUGGCCCCUCGCGUGGUCAUUGUGGAAGAGGCAGCCGAAGUCCUUGAGGCCCACGUCAUCACCACCCUGAGCAGGGCCUGCCAGCACCUCAUCCUCAUUGGAGACCACCAGCAGCUGCGCCCCAGCGCCAACGUCUACGACCUGGCCAGGAACUUCCACCUGGAGGUGUCUCUCUUUGAGCGGCUGGUGAAGGUCGGUCUUCCCUUCGUCCGCCUCGCUUUCCAGCACCGCAUGAGGCCAGAGAUCGCCCAGCUGCUCACCCCGCACAUCUACCAGGACCUGGAGAACCAUCCCUCGGUGCUCCGCUACGAGAACAUCAAGGGCGUCUCCUCCAACCUUUUCUUCGUGGAGCACAGCUUCCUCGAGCAGGAGAUCCAGGAGGGCCGCAGCCACCAGAACCAGCACGAGGCCCAGUUUGUGGUGGAGCUGUGCCGCUACCUGCUGCGCCAGGGCUACCAGCCCUCCCAGAUCAGCAUCCUCACCACCUACACGGGGCAGCUCUUUUGCCUGCGCCGCUUGCUGCCGGCCAAGGAGUUCCAGGGCGUCAAGGUCCACGUGGUGGACAAGUACCAGGGGGAGGAGAACGACAUCAUCCUGCUCUCCCUGGUGCGCAGCAACCUGGCGGGGCGGGUGGGCUUCCUGCAGAUCCCCAACCGCAUCUGCGUGGCCCUUUCCCGCGCCAAAAAGGGCCUCUACUGUGUGGGCAACAUGGGCAUGCUCAGCCAGGUGCCUCUCUGGAGCAGGAUCCUGCACACUCUGCGCGAGAAGGGCCACGUGGGCCGGGCGCUGCGCCUGGCCUGCCAGAACCACCCGCAGACCAAGACGGACGUGGUGCAGGCAGAGGACUUCCGCCAGGUGCCCGAGGGGGGCUGCAGCGUCCCUUGUGACACCCGCCUGGGCUGCGGCCACGUCUGCCCCCGGGCGUGCCACCCCUACGACCCGCAGCACAAGGAGCUCCGCUGCUUGAAGCCCUGCCAGAAGGUGCUGUGUGACAACGGGCACCGCUGCUCCAGGCUGUGCUGUGAGCCCUGCGGGAAGUGCCAGGUGAAGGUGCCCAAGACGGUGCCCAGGUGCGGCCACCAGCAACAGGUUCCCUGCUCAAUGGCCGCUGAGGAUUUCUGCUGCAAGAAGCCCUGCGGGAAAACCCUGGAGUGCGGGCAUGCCUGCCAGCUCACCUGCGGCCAGCAGUGCGAGAGGCGCUGCCCAGAGCUGGUCCUGGCGACGCUGCCAUGUGGGCACAGCCAGGAGGUGCCAUGUUCAGCAGCAUCAGAGAUGGCAUACGGGCGUCCCAUCCGCUGCAAGACGAAGUGCGACAGCAUCCUGGAGUGCGGGCAUCCUUGCCCAGGCUCGUGCCACACAUGCUUUGGGGGCCGCUUCCACCAGCCGUGCCGGAGCCCCUGCAAGCGCCCGCUGGUUUGCGGCCACCAGUGCCGCCAGCCCUGCACCAGGGACUGCCCCCCGUGCCGCCAGCCCUGCCAGAACCGCUGCGUCCACAGCCGCUGCCCCAAGCAGUGCGGGGCGCCCUGCUCGCCCUGCAUGGAGCCCUGCGAGUGGCGCUGCCAGCACCACCAGUGCGGGCGCCUGUGCUCCGAGCCCUGUGACCGGCCGCGCUGCGACGUGCCCUGCCCCAAGCGCCUCCCUUGCGGGCACCCUUGCGCCGGGCUGUGUGGGGAGCCCUGCCCGCAGAAGUGCCUGACCUGUGACGCGGAGGAGCUGACGCAGAUCUUCUUUGGCUGUGAGGAUGAGCCGGACGCCCGCUUUGUGCAGCUGGAGGACUGUGGGCACAUCUUCAGUGCACUGGGCCUCGACCGCUACAUGGAUGGCGACGAGGAGGAAGAGGAAGGGGCUGUCCGACUGAAGGUGUGCCCCAGCUGCCAGACGCCUGUCCGGAAGAGCCUGCGCUACGGCACGUUGGUAAAGAGGAGCCUGGCAGAGGUGGAGGUGGUGAAGGGGCGCAUGCAGGGCAGCUCGGCGGAGAUCACCUCGGGCGCCCUCCAGCUGAUGAGGGCGCUCCAGCAGGAGACCACCCUGAGGCGCCACCUGACCAGGCAGCACAAGCAGCUGAGGGAGAGACUGGAGGACGACUCCCUCUCUGCCAGCACCCUGGGGCUGGUGGAGACCCUCUUUGGCUUCUACGCACAGGUGGCAGGCCUGAUGGCCGCUGUGGGAAAGCUGGCGCAGCAGGAGCAGGAGGGCGUGAGGAGGCGCCUGGCCGAGGUGGCCGGCUGGCUAGACCAGCCCCGCGACAGCUUCAGCGGGCAGCAGGUGUCUGAGCUGCGGACCGAGCUGCGGCGGAUGACCUACCUGGUGGAGCUCCUGGCGAGGUGCAACACUGCUGGGGAGAAGGCGAGCCGGGCCCCCGGCACAGCGGAGCUGGUCAGCGCGGCCCAGAAGGCCCUGGAGGGGCCUGGCAGGUUCACCCCCGAGGCCGAGAGCGAGGCGAAGGCCAAGCUGAAGGAGCUGGAGGCUGUUCUGCCCACCGUCGCUGGACUGGGCAUCUCCGAGGAGGAAAGGAAGCAGAUUGUGGCGGCCGUCAGCGGAGCCACCCGCGGGCACUGGUUCAAGUGCCGCAACGGGCACUUCUACGUCAUUGGCGAGUGCGGGGGGGCCAUGGAGACGACCCGCUGCCCGGAAUGCCGGGAGACCAUUGGGGGCGAGCACCACACGCUGGAGUCCAGCAACCGGCUUGCCCCUGAGAUGGACGGGGCAACCCACGCAGCCUGGUCCGAGGAGGCCAACCGCUUGAACAUGAAUAAUUACCUGCGCUAGGAGGCCGGCCCCCCUCACGGGAGCUGCUUUCCAUAAAAUAUUUUAAUAUUUUUAUCACGUAUUAAUAUUUUUUACCACGUUUGGUCACCCUAUCAUGGUGGACUUGGUUCAUUGAAAGAGUUGCAGAGCUUUUAACAUGACAACAGGGGGUGAGAUGAAACAAACAGUAAGGUGAGCAGGUAAAGGCAACUCAGGAAGCUUCUCCUUGCUGUCUCUCCUCACCUGCCCUGCAGCUCCAGGAGCCACGUUCUGCUCCCCGCCUGCUCUGUCUUUUCCAAAGAAGCAAGAUGACCAGUGUCAAAGUGCUUUUACAAUCAAGUAGUAUAUUGCUUUUGUGAAACGCAAUCACCCUGGGUUGUCAGAGGGGCUGGGAAUGGGCAGCGCAGGGCCCCACUCUCUGCUCAUGGCGCCCCUGUCCUGACAACCCUCUGCCUGCCAGAUUUUACUGUUGCAAAUAAAUUUGUCAUAGCGGAUCCCC